AUGGAGCUGAUCAUGAGCACAAACUACUUUCACGUUCCGAAAUUGAAAUCCAAUCCAAAAAUUUCGCCGAUUAUCAGUCGCGAAAAGCUUCGCCUUCCGAAUUUCGUGCCCGGAAGUAGUAGCAGCAUCAAUAUCGCUGGUGAUCGGAAAAUUAAUGGCAAUAAUUCUUCCUCCCUCAAGUCAUCCACGAAUUCGUUGAUGGAGACAGUAGAAAUCUCCUCAGGAAAUGGAAAGCUCAGUACGACUUCUGUUGACGGCGUUAACACCGCUUUGGAUCAGUUGGAUAUCGAACGUGGAGUUUGCGUUCCAUUCCGCAAAUAUACGCCGCAAACGGUAAGAAAUAAGGUAUUGGAAUCCCGAGGUGCUAUAUUGUCACUUGUUGGCCGUGGGGUGGAGAUCGUAUGGAAGUUAGGCCUCUAUUGGUCUACGUUAGUGUAUGAUUACUUUAUUGGUCGUGAUGAAGAAGUUGUUCCUUUCCGUGCUAACCAGCUGAGAAAUCUUCUUUGUGAUCUAGGGCCUUCAUUUAUCAAAGCUGGACAGGUGCUUGCAAAUAGGCCUGAUAUCAUUAGAGAGGAUUAUAUGAAUGAACUUUGUAUUCUGCAGGAUGAUGUUCCUCCUUUCCCCAAUCAGGUUGCUUUUGGAAUCAUAGAAGAGGAACUGGGUCAACCUCUUGAAGCUGUUUUCAGUAAGAUUUCAUCUGAGACAAUAGCUGCAGCAAGUUUGGGGCAGGUUUACCGAGCAACUUUACGUUCUGGGGAGGAUGUCGCUAUCAAGGUACAAAGACCUGAGAUAGAGCCUAUCAUUUAUCGUGAUCUUUUUCUUUUCCGGACUCUGGCAUCAUUCUUGAAUGGAAUCAGCUUGCAAAAGCUGGGUUGCAAUGCAGAGCUUAUAGUUGAUGAAUUUGGGGAAAAGCUUCUGGAGGAGCUUGAUUACACUUUGGAGGCUCGCAAUAUUGAAGAUUUCCUUGAAAACUUUAAGGAUGACCCUACUGUUAAAAUUCCUGGGGUCUAUCGUGAACUCUGUGGUUCACGUGUUCUGGUGAUGGAGUGGAUUGAUGGAAUCCGAUGCACCGAUCCACAGGCUAUCAAGGAUGCAGGAAUUGAUGUAGAAGGUUUCUUGACUGUUGGAGUAAGUGCAGCCCUUAGACAGUUGCUGGAAUUUGGUCUAUUCCAUGGUGAUCCUCACCCUGGAAAUAUUUUUGCCAUGCUUGAUGGACGUAUAGCCUAUGUGGACUUUGGGAAUGUUGCUGUGCUUAGUCAGCAAAAUAAACAGAUUCUUAUAGAUGCUGUCGUCCAUGCUGUGAAUGAGGAUUACACUGAGAUGGCAAAUGAUUUUACCAGGCUUGGUUUUCUUGCCAGUGGAACUGAUGUCUCCCCUAUUGUUCCAGCGCUUGAAGCAAUUUGGCAAAAUUCACUUGAAAAAGGGCUUGUGGACUUCAAUUUCCGAAGUGUUACUGGGAAGUUCAAUCAACUAGUUUAUAACUACCCCAUUCGCAUCCCGGAGAGAUUUUCCCUGGUUAUUCGCUCUUUAUUAACACAAGAAGGGAUAUGUUUGACUCUGGAGCCGGAUUUCAAGUUUCUUGAGGUUGCUUAUCCAUAUGUUGCCAAGCGUCUUCUGACAGACCCUAACCCGGCUUUAAGGGAGCGUCUUAUUCAGGUUUUAUUUAAAGAUGGUGUUUUCCAGUGGAAACGGUUCGAGAAUCUAAUUGUUUUAGCAAAAGAGAAUGUGGCAAAGAUGAGCAGCAACCCAGCUUUUCGAGAGCGAAGCAGGCUAAAGGCCAAUCAGAAACAAGUCGAAAGAAAACUGAAUCUCACAGACACAAUCAAGGAUGGGGCUCGGCUUUUCAUACUGGAUGAAGGCAUCCGUAGGCAGCUGCUGCUUGCCCUUACUGAAGAUUCCAAGCUUCAUAUUCAAGAGCUUGUGGACGUAUACCAGCUGUUGGAGGACCAAAUAGAUAUACCAUCUGUUGCUCUGGAGGUUGCACAAGACAUACCAUCUGUUGCUCGAGAUAUGAUGCUUUCCUGGAGUGCCUCUGUUUUGUCGGAUAGGUAG